AUGGGCGGUUUGCUGAACUGUGGUUUGCUGAGUGGAGCAGUCAUUGGAGCAAUUCUAGCCAUCCUUGGAGGUGCCUUGAUACCACUUGGAAACUAUUUUGUUGAGAAGACAGUAAAAAAGGUAAUGAGCUUCUAUAAAUCCUGUACUUUUUGCUAUUGUUUUAAUGCCCUCCUUGGUCUCCUUAUUACAGUGCCAUCCCCCAAACACACCUAAAACAAACGUGGGUUUAUGUGUGAAAAGAGUAAACCCUGUUCCAAUACUAAAAAUGAGUUCCAGGAUUGAGAUGCAUGCACAGUGUCCCAAUUCUAUGCCCUUGUUAUGCAUUCUGCUUUAGCUUGUGGACUUUGGCUUUCCAGCUUGAAGUCCUCUCAUCUUUCCGAUCCAGCGAUGGGGUUUUUUUUUGGGGGGGGCGGUGUCCUGUAAUGACAGCCAAUGUAACUUGUGAUAUUCAGAUAAAGGAACUUUCCCAAAUCAAUCUACACCUGUGAAUGAGGGAGGGAGGGAGGGAGGGAGAGAAUACUGAAUUGCAAUUACUUGCUUCCUUUUAAAUGACUUCAGCACUCUAUUCGUGGAUAGGGUAGAGGGUAGAGGGUUGGGAGACCAUUUUACCAAAUCUAUCCAGAUAGAGGAGAAAUUCAACAGUUCCUUGCAAGUGGAGCCCACCAUGUAGUGUCAUUCUGGGGCAUUUUGUGGCAUGUGGAAACAGUGAGAAGUGGCCCUUUUUCUUGAGGAGGGUGAAAGAAAAUAAUAUAAAAAUGACUUCUGAGAAAAUUCAGCUCGGAAAAUCAAAACUUUAAUAUCCCAUUCCAUGCUCUUUGGUAUGAAUUUGGAAUGCAUUUAAUGAAAUUUGAAGUUUCAGGCUGACAAGACGAAACUUUCCACACAACUUUCUUCUGGGCACUGGAACCUGGGGCAUAUUCCUAACCCCCCACCCCCACACUGAAUGUUGGCAUGCAUAUGUCAACCCUGACAAUCUCUGCUUAUGUUCAGAAACUUGAACACCAUGAUAAAUGUUGACUCUCAUUGAAUUCUGGUUGGCACCAGAUCAGUGCAGAUCAAACUGAGGAAUUUGUUUUAUUUUUGGCCCUUGGAGAAAUUCAUUUGGGAUUGUUGGCGUUUAUUCACAUGUGAAUUUCAGUGUUCACUAGAGUUUAGAUGUUCACUGUACACACUACAGCCUAACAUUCAUAGAAUCAUAGAGUUGGGCCAUCGAGUCCAACCCCCUGCCAAGCAGGAAACACCAUCAGAGCACUCCUGACAUAUGGUUGUCAAGCCUCUGCUUAAAGACCUCCAAAGAAGGAGACUCCACCACACUCCUUGGCAGCAAAUUCCACUGUCGAACAGCUCUUACUGUCAGGAAGUUCUUCCUAAUCUUUAGGUGGAAUCUUCUUUCUUGUAGUUUGGAUCCAUUGCUCCGUGUCCGCUUCUCUGGAGCAGCAGAAAACAACCUUUCUCCCUCCUCUAUGUGACAUCCUUUUAUAUAUUUGAACAUGGCUAUCAUAUCACCCCUUAACCUCCUCUUCUCCAGGCUAAACAUGCCCAGCUCCCUUAGCUGUUCCUCAUAAGGCAUCGUUUCCAGGCCUUUGACCAUUCAAUUGUAUGUUAACAAGAGCACGUUAUUGAGAAAGUUAAUUUGACACCCCCCCACUAAUAAUAUACAUCUCAAAUCUGUGAGCAUACAGCUACUUUCUUCAAACACUGAAUACUUGGGGUGAUCAUUGAAUGCUGUAAGUGAAAGUCCACUUGUGCAAUGAGACUUGCCUUCCUAUCUUUUCCAUAACCUUUUCUGGAGGGUCUGCUACCCCUACAGAGCUGAUUUUAGAAGGACACAAGGGGCUUCAAUGGGGAAGAGAGGAAGGAGAGUCCUCUUUCACCAGGUGAAGUCCAUUCUGCUGGUGGAUGGUUUCAGCUAGAUAUCACAUGGAGUGUUUAAAUAUAUAUUAGUUGCCAACAGCAACAUGCUUUCUCAAUCAUCAUUUAACAGCCUUAUAAAGCAUUAUUCCAUGUUGCUAAAGACACUGACAGAACGGAAGCUUUAUUUGAAUCUGGGAUCUGCUAGUUUUCAUUUUCUUCUGCCUGCCUGCAUUGACCCAUUUUAUCGGCACUGUACAGGAGUGCCAGCUUCACCCUGCAACGGUAGGUGCCCUGGGCUGUGGCUGCCGUGCAGCAUGCAUGGCCCUGGCCCUGAAAUUUGUGGGUGCUUAGGCAUCCAGAGCCCCAGGGAGCUGGCACCUAUGGCGCCGUAGAUGACAUUUGAAAAGUGGUUUGCUUGAAAUUUCUGAAACCCGGUUACAAGCCAUGUGAGAUCUUAGGGGGUGGAGUUUAUAGUCAAUUUAAAAACUAUCCCCUCCCCCCCCAAAAAACCCCACUGUAAAGUGCAUGUUUAUGUACUGCUGUGUGCUGAAUUUCUCUGGUAUCUUGUUCAAGAGCCAACAUUUCAUAACACUUACCUUUUUAUCGGUAGCUAAUCUUUAUGGCACAAUACUCCGUGGUUGGUUCCAACACUGUCAUAAAAGCUAGGGAACUUGACUUUAAAUACAGAUAAAAUGGGUUUCACUCUGAGAAGAUGGAAUCAGCUGGUGGGAUACUAUAUAAAAUGGGUUUUUGCUCAAUAUUAGCUGCGGCAGAAUUAUUACUAAAGUGUUUUUCCAAUAAAUAACUUUUGAUUUCAAUUACUCUUUUUGCUCUUAGAGCAAAAUGAGUUCCAAUGUCAUGGAUAUUUUUUUUAAAGCAUUGAGGCAUCCUAAAAUUUUAGAAAGCUAAAUUCAGGCUGGAGGCUAGAAUAUUGUUGCUACUGAAGUAUGUUUGCCUUCCUGAUAUGAAAUACAUUUCUUUGAACAGUGGUUUCCAAAUGGGCUUUUAAAAAAUGGGUUUAAAAAAACCCUGGGCUUACUCUAAACUGCUUGGAGUUCCUCCAAUGACAAUAUCAAAGGGGUUUGCCUAUAAUUACUAGUCUUUUCAGAGGAGGAAGAGGAGGAGGAGGAGGAUUCUGGGAUGCAUUCUCAGUUCAUGCAAAGUGAUCGUUACGCCCAACAAGCUUGGCCAGAUCUCCAUAUGAACUAUAUGUUUCCUAGAACACUUCCCAGGAAGCUUUACUCAGCAGGUUAGUUACUUGCUUAAUGUUUUUUGUUGUUGAAACACACCGGGUGCUCCCAGAGGGUGGAUGUUGUGGGAUUAGUGUUCUUCAAGCAUUAAAGUUUCUUUGAAGCAUCCACAUGAUAUUUUAUGUUUACCUGUUUUUAAUAUUGUUUAGAGCAUUUGCUGCCUGCUUUUUAGCCAAGAAGGCUCCCAGAAUGACUUAUGCACAGUCGAUUAAAGCAGGGGGAGGGGAGCCAUGGAUCAGUCUCGCCCCCACCCCCCUGGGAUCCAAUAUGGCUUGUGAGGUCAUUUCACCCAAACCAUGCACACCUGUCAAUCAGUUGACAUCACUUGUGAUAUCAGCUGGUGGGUGGGAAUGUGGGGCUCAAUUCUGCACUGUUGUGGGUGUCUGAUCCCAGCAAAAUUUAAACAGCUUAGCAGUCUACAGGUGAUGGUUUAGCCCUGCAUAAUUUGGCCAAGCCAUCUUUGGGAAAAAUGUACACAGCCAAAGGAAGCAGCAAACCUCCCCCCCCCCCCGGUCUGCUUGCUUUUAACUGCAUGCACCUGAUCUCUGGGAAGGGGCGACUGGUGAAAGCAAGCAGACAUCAUUGCAGAAAGGAGAAGUACCAUCUCCUUAGAACUGUUUUGGGGAGGUUGGACUGUGCAGAAGGGUUUAUCGUUCUCCUUUCCCUAGGAGGCAUGUAUUGAAAAAGGGUUAAGUUCUGCUCAGUUUUACUGCAUGUAGCUCCCCAGGAAAGUAGAAAAAGAACUGCUUUUGCAAGUAACAGUCUUCCCCAAGUGCUGUGGUGAGGGUCCCAUCCACAUGCCAAUCUUGCCACACAAUGAUGAUAUCACAUGACUGACAGGUGGGUGAUCCCUCCCACAUGUCAAAGUUGACCUGCCAGGCUGAUCCUGACCAGCGACACUAAACACCUGACUUCUAGUUGAGGCCAGUUGGACCUCUGUAAUAUGACAGUGGUGCUUAUGGGGUCUGGAAUCAUCCAUUUAAGAUGUAUACCAUUGCCAAUCCAAAAACUGCAUUAUAUCUCUUCCACAUACAGAUACUGGGGUUCCAUAUAAAAUGUUUGGUACUGCAUGUGGGAAAUAGAGUUGGUAUGAGCAGGGAGCCACAGUGCUUGGAAAAAAGUAGACCUUAGAACCUGAACACACCCACAAAGAGCACAUUUUAAAAUAUUUACUGUGACCCACAUGAAGAGCAGUCUUUCGGUGUUAGGACUCAGAAGUGGAUUGGCAGCAUUGUACAGAUCUCUUGGCUGAUUGUGUUUGUGCUCUUGAACAGUCACUCAGUCAAUACUUUUGAAGUGUUGCCCAAAAACUGAUGAAAUUGUGUUCUACUGGGGCUUUCUUGUAUUUGCAAUUUAAAUUACUUUGGGUUUUGUUUUGUUUUUUAAAAAAGUUCAAAGGGAAGAAUUCAACUUUGUCCUAAGGUGCUCUUUCUGCCAAGGUAAGCAUUUUUGCUUGUCAGAUGGAACUAUCCCAGCUUUCCUCCGAUUGUGUUCUGUUCCGGGGGUUCCCCAACCCCCCAAGUCAAUUUCAGGGACACAGCAGGACAUGGUGUGAGGAGAGGAGGAAACCCCAUUGCUCAAGCAGAUGCCAUUGCACAGGGCUUCCCCUGAUGGGACUUGUUGAAUUCUGCCCAGUAUUUUUAGGGGAAAUCUUUGAACUAUUUGUAGGACAUCAGCUUUUCUACCAAAGGAAGCUGAGGUCUGUUCAGCAUAGAACUUCCUUAAGUCAUCUGUGGCUCCACUGUACUAUUCUUGUUUCCUGUGAUUUUUGUGUGCCGAUGAAACACAGCUUUGCUAAUGUGUCAGAUUUUCUGCCCCCACCUCCCCUUCCACCCAGUCCCCCAUCUUCAUCUACCUGUGUGAUUUCUGCUUAGAUGUCCUGCGCCAUCUUGGAAAUGUCUAAAUAUAGAUUGUAAGCUUGUAAUGUCUAAAUAUAGAUUGUAAGCAGAGCAGGAAUUGGGCUCUUUGCAUUUGUAUGUUCUGUAAAGCAUCACACAUGGUGAUAGAGCUGCAUACAUUAAAGCAGAGGUUUUCAACCUUUGAGUCCACGGCUCCCUUGACCAACUGCAUUAUUUCUGUGGCAGCCCUGUGGGGCUCAGGAGCCCAGUUGUGUCACCCCUUGCCUGCAGAGCUGGCAGCCUCUCACCCGUUCUCAAACACCCUUCCUUGUGGGAUGUUCUCUCAGCCUCCUCUCCCUUCUCCUUGGGAGUCCUUCGGGCAGCUCCUGCUUUCAUCCCUGGUCUCUGAGCUUCACCCCCCCACCCUAAAGAGAGGCACCUCCCAGAGGCACCAAUUGCCUGCUGAGCUUAUAGCCAGGGUUGCUGUGCAAGCCUUUGGGAGGCAGAGACGCAAGAGGGCAUUGGAGAAGGGAGGGAAGGAAAGAGGGACAGGGGACAGUAUUGCCUGUGGCACUCCUGACCAACCUUCAAGGCACCCCAGGGUGCCAAGGUACAUGGGUUGAAAACCACUGCAUUAAAGUGUUCAAUGUCCAGCCUUCAUCCUUGUUCUGAGAAUCUGUGUUGGGGAAACUCUGGAAGCAACACUGUCCUCCGAGACUUUGCAAUACUUGACUGUGUUUAAACAAAUGCAAUAUAGCAGGCUGGUAGUUCUGAACAGAAGCUUCAAAUUAAAGCGUAGGACUCCAGGGCAACCUGAAAUGUCCAGGUGUGUAUAGAGUAUCAUCCAAGAAACUAAGGUGUGCCCAUAUCUCUAUUAUUUAAGAGGCUGAACUGCAAUUAAGCUUCCCAGUAAGGGGUAAUUUUCUUUAACCAGCUUAGGUUUCGGUGGCUGGUGGCAAGAAAAUGUAAAGGAAACUGAAACGGGCUUGUUUGGGGUUUUGGAAGUAGGGAAGGAGAUUGCUAAGUGGAAUUGGCACAAAGGUUUUAAACUAGAUGGAUGGAGUUCCUGUGUUCUCGUUUAGAAAUGGGUUGGCAAAAGGGGCUUUUUAAUGUGGCAUUUUUGUCAUAUUUCCUUGAAUUGCUUACUCCAGAAUGAGCAGCCAAGUAGCCAAAUUUUUAUUGUCAGUCUAGAUAAUUCUUUAGCACUACUGGAAGGCAUACCAAUAGUAUUGCAAUGUGUGGUGCUAUUUUAUCAGUUUUGGCCUCCCCUUCUGAUCUUUAAAUAGUGGCUUGCUGAAGAUUGACUAGCUUUACGGAUUACCAGGGACAACACGGCCCAAGCCCUUUAGUCACUACACUGACACUCAUGUUUAAGUGUCACAAUCUAAAGGAAGCAAGACAGAACAAGCAAUAUUAUCCAUAGCACUCUCGGGUCAGUUUCUUGAUUUUCAUAUCUGAUAGGCAGCAUCUGGUGAGGUUUUUGUUUUGCAAAGAAUGCAGUUCUUCAUGAAAACUUAUUCUGCACACUGCUAUCUACUGAUUUGAAAAGUGGCCUGACUUUGCCCUUGGCUAGAUAAAUAAAAUGACUGCAAGCUAUUCUGAGAUAACGACUUGUGUUGCGUAACUGACUUGGGUUACUCAGUUUAACGGGGGGGGGGGGGGAUGUAGUUCAGAUGCCCCUACCAAAACUUGUAACAGUUAACUCAUCUCUGUUCUACAAAAGUGAGAAAAAGCAGCUCAUGAGUGUACUGCAUCAGACUCCUGAUCCAAGAAAUACGAUGGCAUGUGUAGUUCUAUAUAAUGGAAUUGUGGGUGAUUCCCCACUUCUUCCUCCAUUUCAUCUCCAUAUUUGCUUCUGUUAGGGGUGUGUAAAGGUAAAGGGACCCCUGACCGUUAGGUCCAGUCGUGACCAAUUCUGGGGUUGCGGCGCUCAUCUCGCUUUAUUGGCCGAGGGAGCCAGUGUACAGUUUCCGGGUCAUGUGGACAGCAGAACUAAGCCGCUUCUGGCAAAACCAGAGCAGCGCACAGAAAUGCCGUUUACCUUCCCGCUGGAGCGGUACCUAUUUAUCUACUUGCACUUUGACGUGCUUUCAAACUGCAGGGACCGAGCAACGGGAGCUCACCCCGUCGCGGGGAUUCAAACCGCGACCUUCUGAUCGGCAAGCCCUAGGCUCUGUGGUUUAGAUCCAGGUCCAAUUCAGGGAGAGUGGCCGGCAGGAGGGCCAAUUGACCAGGGCCUCAAGCUCAAAAGUGGACCUCAAAUGUAGACACUUGUUAAUGUUUUGGCAUUUGAUCAGUUUUGCGACUUGUUUUUAUGUGCAUUGGACCAAAAUGUGACACGGUCUCUCAGCUUUGAGCUGCAAAUUAUAGCAAAUAAGAGAUGUGAUUUGGUAGAAGGCAUAAUUAUUCUCUUAGCUAGUAUGUCUCCCAGUCUUUUUUUUGCAGUUUUAUUCUGUCUUCAUUCAUCAUCAUCAUCAUCAAUUUUAUUUAUACCCCGCCCUCCCUGGCCAGAGCCAGGCUCAGGGUGGCUAACAUCAGUAAAAUUACAGUAAAGUCCUGAGUCAUUGUUUCUUAUUUUUAUUGUGGCAAGGGACCUUAAGGACUGGAAGUGGCCUGGGCCUCUCUGGACCUCUGAGAAGUCUUGCAUACAUCUGUCUGGCACUGAGUCAAGUGCUACUAUGCAGCCCAGAACAACUGUCACAUUAAACUAGCUUAAAACAAGCCACAGUUUAAUGUGGAGUUCUUGCAGUGCUUCUCCUUUACACUUGCUGCUGCAAUGUUGCAGAUGAAAGAAGCCACAGACUGAAUCUGGGCUCUUGGCUCAUUUCUCUCCAAACUGUGAGCAGUAGCCAAGGUUUGUUCUUGACUUACCAAUCAUGAGCCCAAAUUCAGAUGACACAACAAGCCAGACUCUGGCUUGCUUCAUUUGCGGCAUGACAGGAUUGCUGUAGGAGCCUUUGAGCACCGUGCACAACUUUGCUGCUGUUUCACAUAGUAAUAUAGUUCAUUUUACAAAAGCAACUUUUGCGGAGCAACAAUCAGUUAUAGGUUAAAUGUACAUUUUUGCAAGGAGUAUCAAGACACUGUUGAAAACUGGAGGGAAUUUUUGGCAAUGUUAAAAGAUCUUCAGAAACAUUUUGGAACAUAUCUGACUCCUCACCUGUGAAGAAUGGCUACGUGCGUUGUGGAAAUACACCAAGUGAACAUGGUUGAACAAUUGCCAACUUUUAAAAAAUAGAAAACAAUCUGGGAAAUUUGCCAGCAUUUUAGUAUAAAUUUCUCCUAAUCAACACAUUUUUGCAUGCAAUUUUGACUAACGUACACAUUCCCCCAAAUAUAUAAUGCAUUUUUGUAUACUAUUACUUUCACUUUUACAUUUGCACACUUUCCCUUAAAAUAUGCAUUUUUGUAAAUAUUAUGUGGUUGGGGAGCUGCACUGCAAAACUUGUAAGUGCAAAUUUUGAAAGAUGGCAGUUUUCAUAUGGUUUUGGCAAGUGCAAAUUUGAUAGAUCUACAUUUGAAUGUGAACCAAAUAAAUUUUCUCACCCAUCCCCCACUUUUGACUGCUGCAGUAGGAUUUCCCCUACAGACUAAAAAAACUCAUGUGUAGGUCAAUAACUAGAUGUACAGUGAACUGGAGUUGCUUCUGGCAGUGCUGAGUAAAUAAGGAAGGCACCCAGAAUGCUCAUCUAAAUUACCGUAUUUUUUACUCUAUAAGACUCACUUUUUCCCUCCUAAAAAGUAAUGGGAAAUGUGUGUGCGUCUUGUGGAGCGAAUGCAGACUGUGCAGCUAUCCCAGAAGCCAGAACAGCAAGAGGGAUUGCUGCUUUCACUGCACAGCGAUCCCUUUUGCUGCUCUGGCUUCUGGGAUUCAGAGUAUUUUUUCCCCUUGUUUUCCUCCUCCAAAAACUAGGUGCGUCUUAUGGUCUGGUGCGUCUUAUAGAGCGAAAAAUACGGUGAUUUUAGAACAAGCCCUCUUUCUGGCACUGGGUGCCAUUUUGGCUCAGGGAAGGGGAAGCUGUUGCCCUCUGGGUGUUCUGCACUGCAGCUCCCCUCAUCCCUGACCACUGGGCUUGCUGGCUGGGUCUGAUGGAAAGUUCAACAAAACCUGGAGGGUCACAAGUUCCCCAUCCCAGGUUUAGCCUAACAAUCCUAGUUUAUUUCUCUUUGAGAUUUCUAUUGCAUAUGAGAGACUGACAACAUUUAGCGUAGCCACAGGAAUGCAAGCCUCAAAGUGUUUCAGGCAAUAGCCAUCACUACCAGCAGGUUAUUUUAAAAUGGCAUAUAAGUAACUUCCAAGUAGAAAGUAACAAUUUUGUUUUACUAUUUUUUUCUUCCCACAUAAAAAUGCUUGGUCUUGCAGAAUAUGCAAAGCCCUUUUGCCAGGAAUUGCAAGAACACAAUAGUCUCUCUCGCCCACUUACCUCUGCCACAGUUUCACAGUUUCAAGAAAAAAGAGGAAAAAUAGGAUACACAGGAGCUGCAUGUGUAUGUGCAGAUACACACACACACACACACACACACACACACACACACACACAAUGUGAUGCAUUGAAUGUGAUCCAGCCUUUAUAUUUAUCCUGCUUUAAGAGUGUUCAGAAUUAAUAAGGAUGUUGCUAACUUGACCAACUCAGUCAAAGGCCAACCCUCAGUGCUGGAGUGCAGAAGGUCUCUGGGUCAGACUGAGUAAGCCUCCUGUCUGAUACCUCAGAGAGCUGCUGCCAGUCAGUGCAGGAAACACUGACUCAUCCAUUGGUCUGGCUCUAUAUAAGGCAGGUUCCCUGGUUCCACAUUCACGGAUGGAAUGUUCCCUUGUAUCUUGGGUGCUUCCUCCCUCUUGCUUGGUUUCUGACUUGCCUUGCACACCCACCCCGAGUUCUCUGACUCCAACAAGGCUUCUGAGUUGACCGCUAAGGAAAAGAUGAUGUCUCUCUGUAGGAUAGGAAUGACACACUGUGCAACAUCAGUGGACGGUUGACACAAAGAGUGCUUUGAGAAGGUGGGUCUCUCUAGGCUGGUCUUCCUCUUGACUUCCUCUGCAUCUUGAAAUGUGUUUCCUUCCCUGGUAGGCCAGUUUAGGACUAGUCCCAGCUUUUGUUUACAUAAGCCAGGAGAUGAAGCAGAAUAGUCACUAUGUUUUUUAAAAAAUUGAAUUCAGCUUCAUUGGAUGUCCCCAAGUUCUAGAAGAGGAAAAGUAAUUUGAUAAGGAUAUAAUAUAAAUUCUCACUGAGGGUGCAUGGUGUAAUUGAGAUGCUUCUUAUUGCAGGUUUUCCCAUGCAAAUCUAGACGCCUUUUUCAUAGGAAAAAGCUCUAGGAGAAAGUUGUUCUUCCUAACAGGCUGCUUUUCUCUGUGUGGAUCAUAGGGAAAACCUGAGGUCCCACCUGCACCUUGAAGUGGGAGACCUGCGUCUCAGGAAUACCGUCACAGAAUUCUCUAAAUAAAAUGACUGAAGGCUUGAAUUUCCUGUCCAACCUCACAGGGCAGGGGAGUGGGGAGCAUUUUCUUUGAUGUAUAUUUCAGGGAUAUGAUCGGAAUGGCAAGUGCUAGCAUGUGCACCCUGGCUUUUUAUUGCUUCAUGUUGAUGCUGUUAACACCCUUUUAAUCUGUUUGUAGAGAUUAAGGGUUGUUCUGGAAAGGGCAAGGAGGCCUUUGCUAUAGGCUGGUUCUGAAUGUUGAAUUUUCAUCGGGGUGACUGUUGCUCCAUCCCUUCCAGUUGUGGCCCAAAUCAGGCUGCCAGAUGUGUUUACCAAACAGCCUGACUUCCCGCUCAAGGAAUUAACUGUACCUCUUAACAUGGGAUGAGCAAUAGGAGAAAACGGCUGUCAGCUGUUUAGCCGCAGUUAGUGCCAGUGAACUUUCUGUAUGUUUGUGUCUCAUAGGUCAUGUAAAGAUGGCCUUUUUCCCUCUGAAGGCCUUAUCCAAAGUCCCAGACAAAGCAUGUUGACCUUUCCCCAGUAGAUUCCCGACUUUUCAUUUCAACUCCUCCUCCUCUUUCUCAGUGCUCCACAUAAUCCCUGGCCUCUUGGGACCUGCUCAGGGUUGAAAAGCUGCAAAUGUUGAGUCAGGGUGACACGAGUUUGUAAGAGAGUACAUGAACAAGCAAGUCUAUUGCCAUCAGGAUUUUGCCUUCUGGAGCACUUCAGGCAGAUCCUGUGACAAAGCUUUUUAAAUAACAAAAAUGGGUUGCCUUCUCUAUCAAGUUCUGCUACCUUCCCCCCCCCCAAUGCAUCUUACAUUUCCUUUCUGUCUGGCUGUCUGUAAAGGGACUAUGAACUCUGAAGUGCAGUGGUUCCAGCAUUCGAUGGAGUUGUGGCAUUUGCUUAGCAGGUUUUGACAGCAUUGGGAAACGCACACAAAGUGCAUUGUCUGACCCUGAAUAGCUGAUGUUCAGCUCAGUGCAGUGUAUGCCUGCUGUACAGACACAAUCCUUGGUUGCAUAUUUUGGAGUGAAGGUUAAGUCCUUGGCAAAAAGAUGAAGCAAUUUCCCACAGGAGCCUUGUGAGGACUUGCUCAAAAGUUGCUCUUUUGCAAACUUUGAAAAGACAUGUGAAAAUCCUUCCUUUUUUCCACUCUGUCUUCAUUUCCUGUUGCUUUAAAAAAAAAAAGGUAGUUCAGACAAAUGAUUUCUGAAUGGAAACCGAUUUUUCUAUUGGGAUGAAGAAAUGAAACCAGCUAUAUACAGGUCAGAAAAGAUGGUGUCAGGAGGGGGAGAGGUGAAUAGAUAUAAAAUAGGACUGAAAUUUUGCAGGUUUGAUCCUUCGGAAGGGUAAUAGUUUGACCCGAAUUUCAUGGGAUCUAAAAUACAAAAGUUAUAAGUGACAGAAGAUUGGUGGGGUGUCCAUUGAAUUAAAUGGGAAAUGAAAGUGAAUGAACUGCUUCAGUUGUUAAAAUGAAUAAAUUAUAGAAUUAAUGAUAGUUUAUUCUAUCUCCACGCUUCAGUUGUCACUUGAGUAGUGAAGCCAAGAGGCAAGAUGAGUAUCGCCAAAGUUAUGUAUUUAAUAUCACUUUAAAAAUGCUAAGGCCAAAACCUUGGGGGGUUGUUUGUAUUAGCCCUUCUGUCUGCACAGAAGAUUCUGAUCUGCUAUUUUCUUCUUCUAAUUUAGAAAUUAGGUCUAAUUAACUUUCAGGCAAUGUGCUAAAGUCUACUUCGAAAAUCGUGGAUUUAAGUUUUCACUUUCUUUUCUUCAAAUAAGAUUUUGUAUCACUAUCUGUACAUUACUAGUUCAGAGUCUUCAGUAAUUCUUAUUAUUCUCUUAACUUGCAGGAUUAUCCUGACAAAGUGUGUUUCUCUGAUUUGGGAAAGACCAGUCCUAGAACAGCUAUUUAUAAUUGAUGAGCACUAUUUUAGGGAAUGUUGAAGGAGAAUCUUGCUAGAACCACCACAACUCCUACUGCUUGUCAAAUAAGAUAAUUUUAAGGCCACUAUUCCUUAAUGCAGUACAGUAGUUGAAAUAGUUUCUCUUGACUUCACUAGAAGCUCCCCCUGCCCUUUCUUCCCUUCUCACACCUACAUAUUGACCUGGAAUCAAAAGGAACAGAGUUUAAAUCUGCACUGAUAAAUGGAGCACUUAGUUAAAAUGUUUCCUAAGAUGUAUUAAUCAAUUAUUAGUUUGAGCAAUUAUAAUCUACUUUUAUAAUGUAUUUUCCAAUUCUUGUGUCCUUUUUUUGUUUAAAAAAAGUAACUUUUUUUUACAUCAGGUUGAAAUGUAUGAAGGUUCACACUACUGUAUUAGCCUGAUUGGAGGGAGCACAGCACACAACACUCCUCCUUUUCUCCUUGUUCUUUUCUUCUUCCAGGAAACAGUCAUUGAAAAUGGUACAAUUGCAUAUGAGAACUGGCUUGUACCCGGGAGUCCAGUCUAUAGGCAAUUUUGGUUCUUUGAUGUGCAAAACCCAAAAGAAGUAAUGGAAAAUGGAUCGCAUCCAAUACUCAAGCAGAAAGGGCCUUACACUUACAGGUAGGCAAGGUUUUUUGUGUUAAAUGUGUGUCUCCUUCUGUUCUUUUUUGAGGGUGGGUUGGUGGGCAGACCUGAUUAUUCCAAAUCUGCUGGUUCUAGUGUUGUGCCAAAAACCUCUUCUCCAAUUACACAAAAGUCUUCUGUGAAAAAUGAGUCACCCCUCCCACCCCCUGUGUUUUUCCUAAUACCGUAUUUCUCGCUCCAUAAGACACAUUUUUCGUCCUAAAAAGUAAGGGGAAAUGUGAGUGCAUCUUAUGGAGUGAAUGGCGCUGCACAGAGAGGGAGAGCUGUGCAGCGCCCCUUCAGCGAAGCACCUGUCCUGGCUUCUGCCUUAGCCACGCACAGCCUCUUCCGGGCAAGGGGAGCCUUCAUCCUGCUACCCGGGAGAGGCUUGGCGCCACUAUCCCAGAAGCCAGAACAGCCAGAGGCUAUCCCAGAAGCCAGACCCCUCUUGCUAUUCUGGCUUCUGGGAUUCAGAAUAUUUUUUUUCUUGUUUUCCUCCUCUCAAAACUAGGUGCGCCUUAUGGUCUGGUGCGUCUUAUGGAGCGAAAAAUACGGUAGUCUUGCUGGGUUCAGGACUGAGUUUACCCUGUCUUUGUGAGGUGGCUAUCUUUCUAUUAAACACUCAUUCAGACUCCCAAGCAGCCUUCAUUUCCUGAUUUAUUUAUUUUUAAUCUCCAUGAGAGGAACUACUUUUUGUUGCCUUCCCUGAGCUUUAGUUGGGGAAACUGAGUUUGGCCACCAACCUCCAUUGCACUAUUUUCAUCUUUGUUUUGAAGGAGAACAAACCUUCAUCUUCACUUUAAAAAGAAUAAUAACAAUAAUAACGAAGCCCAGCAGUCAAGUGCACAGUAGCUGGCACCUCUGCCUUCCCCUGCUUAUGGGACAGACUGGCUGAUGUCACUGGGGAGGUUGCAGGAAGUGCACGUGGGUGGGACGGCUGAACAGUUCAGGUCACUGAAGAGAUGAUUUGUAAAGUAAAACAAGUGUAGCACCCCUCGACCACCCCAGAACAACAAAAACCCUGCACCCAACCUAUGACUUAGAAUAGGUAAAAGAAAGGACUUCUUCCCACAACACAUAAAUUAUGGACCCUGCUCCCCCAGGAGGCAGUGAUGGCCACCAACUUGGAUGGCUUUGAAAGAGGAUUAGGCAAAUUCCUGGAGGAGAGGACUAUUGAUGGCUAUUAGCCAAGAUGCCUGAGCUCUGCAGCAAUGCUGUUGAGUACCAGUUGCUGGAAACGACAGGAGGGCAGAGGGCUCUUGUGCUCAUGUUCUGCUCCCUGGUAUCCCACAGACACCUGGUUGGCUCCUGUGAGUGCAGAAUGCUGGCCUAGAUGAGCCACUGGCCUGAUCCAGCAGGCUCUUCGGCUCUUAUGUAAAAAAUUUUUGGGGGAACUCUUCUGAAAGUAUUGACUUGAGCUGGAUUUAUGCACAGAUACGUGUUCAGGAUUACUAUAUAAAACUCAUUAUGAGGGCAAAUUUAAUGUGGCCUUAAAUAUGCAUUGCUCGGCUUUAUUUUCUCACUGCCUGCUGCUCCCCACUUGUAACAAAGGUUCUUUACAGUAACGGGGUAAGAAUAAAAAUAAAGCAUAGGAGCACUUUUUGGAGGUGAUGUCUGUGUUGUCAUAAGGUGGUAUUCAACUAAGUUUAACUCAGAGCAGACUCAUUGAAAUUAACCAAUAAUCAAUAAUAAAAAUAAGUCAUGUUCAUUACUUUCAGUGGGUCUAUUCUGAGUAAAACUUAGUUGGAUACCACCUAUAUAUAUAUUUUGUACAAAGCACUGCAAUGAAAACUUAUACCCAAAGGAACCCUAAAGAUGUUGAGUGUGUUGGGUAGAGGGAAUGCUCUGGCACUGGGAAGAAAUGGUGAUUCAGCUGGCUGGUGUUAAAUCGGCAUUCUUUCAAUUCAGCUUUUGCAGUUAAAUUUCUUCUUUGAUUUCUAAGGGUGCGCUAUUUGAAGAAAGAAAACAUCACUCAACAUAACGACUCCACAGUGUCUUUCUACCAGCCAAACAUUGCUCUCUUUCAGCCUGAUCUCUCAGUUGGGCCAGAAAACGACACUUUCACAAUAGUCAACCUUGCCGUUGUGGUACGUAAGCCAGGCAAAUUUCCUAAUUAUGUAACAUUCAAACUUUCUCAUCUUCAGAUUACCUUUUUCUCACAAAUGCACAGGUUGAGUAAUGAGGACAAAAGUUGUCCUCCAGCUACAAAAUUAAAUCAGUUAAGAAAUAGUGUGGUUGUCUUUUUGUUUUCUUUUUCCACCACAGAAAAGGCACUGUGUGGAGUUUGCGUGAUUGUAGCCAUACUCUGCUGCUUGAGCCCUCUUUGCCUUGGCCGCUGGGGAUAGAGAACCUUUCGCAAAUCCCUUGUCCAGCCUAUACUUGGCUUCUAUGACAAGGCUACUAACAAUGGUGCCAAUUAGUGCCAGAGUGAGGCAUCUCCAGAGUCAUCCAGCCCUACUGAGACUGUAGCUCUUAAGAAAAGCACAUUGCCAAACCCCCUUGGGGCCUGAUUUGUAGAACGAUACACUGCAUGUUUGCAUCAAUUUGAAUUGUUUGUUUCUUUAUACGGGAAGAGUGUUUCACCCUUCUAAAACCCUCUGAUUGCACCACAGUAGCGCUAAUUUCUUCCAAAGUUGACUGCUAAAACUGGUAGGGCUGGGAAUAACUUUCAUUUUCCCAGAUUAGAAUUUGAGGUUAGAGAUCUGGUGAUUAUCUUGAUCUAAUGAGACUACUUUUCUUUGUGAACUGAUGUUAAAGCUGCAUAGUUAUUGAUGAUUAGGUGAAUAUAGUUAUGUGAAGGGCUUGAAAUUAUCUCAGAAAUCUUGAGCAUCCCUGUAAUAGGCCCCUCCCUUCUUCUCUCUCUUCUGAGGCUGAGAAAGUAGUAGCUAAGUGUUGUAGGUAAGAUUGGAUUGUCAACUGUGGUGCAGUUGCUCCAUUGAUUGGCUGUCUCUCCCUUCUCCAAUAUUUACCAGAAAUAUCCCUUCAGGAAUUAUAAUGCUCCAUUCUAUUUUUAGGGGCAGAAAUGAAAGGUGUUGUGGGCUCUCCAUUAUAGUUGGGAGAGCCAGGAUGGUGUGGGGGUUUCUGCAUCAGAUUAGGAGUGGGGAGACCAAGCCUGAAAUCCCCACUCAGCUAUGAAGCUCACUUGUGGCCUUGGGCCAGUUGCCAUUUCUCAGUCUCACCAAUCUCUCAGGUUGUUGUGGGGACACAAGGGAGUGUGUGGGGAGAAUCAUAUUGGCUAGAAUUCUUGGAGAAAAGGUGGGAUUUAUGCACCUUUCUGCAGAGCCGUAGCUACGGGGGUGGGGGGGGCUAUCCCAGAUGAAGCCUCCAGAGGAGCACCAUUGAGGCUUCCAGCCAAACUGGGUUUUUGACCCAGGUGAAAAUGAGCCUAGUUUUGACGCUGCCUUUCUGUUACAAAUAGGUUUCAUUGCAUCUUGACUCUAUCAGCUUCCCCUUAAAGAAUCCUGGAAUUUGUAAUUUUGUGAGGCCCUAAGAAUAUGCUCUUUAGAGAAACCAGUUUCAUUGCUUUAGUCUAUCACGGUACCCUGGGAGAAAUAAGUUUGCAGCUGGCCUUGCAGUUGCCAACAUAGAAGUUUCCUCCUGGCCCUUCGUUGUCUGAAUGAUGAGCAACUUUCAUAAUACUGUACAGCCUAUAAAUAAAUUCUGUAGCAAAUGGAAGAGAACAGUGAAGCUGUGUAUCAUGUGGCUCCACACUUAGAGCCUUAAACCUCAGUUUCCUCUUUCCUUCUCACAGAUUAGAUAUCCCUAAUGUAGACAACCACCAUAUUCUGUCAUACUUAAUAGCAUGAAAUCAUGUCAAGCAAUUAGAUUCAUUGUAGAAUCAGAAGUUGGAAGGAUCUUCGAUUUGUGUGUGUGUGUUUAAAAAUCCAGACAUAUUUUUUCCCUGGAAGACUAGGGCAGGUUUCUAGUUCUUUUUGUACAUGGUGGGCUUUUAAAACAUUGGGGAAUGCUUCAAGAUUUCCUUCCAAAAUGAAAUACAGCAGACAGUGCACCAAAAUGUGAACCAUGUCACUGCUCUGAUUCCAAUCAACCGUAAUGCCUAUCACUAAUGUUCAAAAGUUUUCAUUGCUUGGUCUCUGGCUGGGUUAUUGCAGCCUCCCUCCAAAAAAGAGGGGAGGCAUCUUGGUCGCAACCUGAAUGCAAGAAGGUUAGUCAGAGGGAAUACAGUGGUACCUCGGGAUGUGAACGGGAUCCGUUCCAGAGCCCCGUUCGCAUCCAGAAGCAAACAUAACUAGCGACGGCACGUCUGCGCACGCACACAUCGCUUUUUGCCGCUUCUGCGCAUGCGCGUGACGUCAUUUUGAGCAUCUAUGCAUGUGCGAGCGGCGAAACCCAGAAGUAACGCACUCCAUUACUUCCGGGUUGCCACGGAGCACAACUUGAACGCGCUCAACAUGAAGCAUAUUCAACCCGAGGUAUGACUGUAUAUGUGUUUGUGUUUGUCUCAGGCUGCACCUGCUUUGUAUCAAAGUGGCUUCAUACAAGCGUUGUUGGACAUUUGGGUGAAGUCAUCGAAGUCCCAAUUCCUUCAAAACAGAACUGUGAAAGAAAUACUCUGGGGCUAUGAAGAUCCUUUCUUGAAGAAAAUUCCACUUCCAGGAGUUGAAAGGGUUGUUGGCGUAUUCCUUCCUGUACGUAUGUGUCCCAAAAGGGAAAUAAACCACUUGUCUUGGUGCUGGGGGAGAAUGGAAAGGCCCUUAGAAAUCUGAUCUUACAACCAGGCUGGGGAAAAGGAGAGGGUAGGGUCGAAGAAGGGAAGUGUGAAACAACUCAGCUGUGUCUUCCUCGGCUGAGCUUGCUCUUUCUCAGCCUUAAAGUAGCAAACCUUCUCUUUAGGAGCUUGUUCCGCCAUUGCUGGGGGCAGCGGCAAGGAUUGUCCUUCCACAGGCCACCAGGUUGCCUCAGUCCACCCCCGCUGGACUAAACAGUGAUCACGUACUCCAGACCACAAUUCCCAUCAACCUCAGCCAGCAUGUUGGGAAUUGUAGUCCAGCACCAUCUAAAGUCCACCCCAUUGGCUAAUUCUGAUGCAAAAGGAGCAGGUGGUCUCAUUCCAUUAGUGCCCACCCUUGAGAAAUGAAUAGAGUGAUUUUCAUUUCUGUGUCAUCCUGUUGACUGAGGCUUUAAAUUGGACAUUAGUAUUUCAGUAUCUUACUGUGGGUUAUUUUUAAAAGAUGCAAAUUCUUGGUGGUGUCUAACCCAUUUUAAAUAGUUUUGGCAAAUCCAUACUUUAGAAUGGUAUGUCUGCAUGCAAAAAUGUGUAAGAGAUAUAAAUUGAUUGCUAAGAAGCAUGAAAUGAGGAAUGGUGUACAUUUAUUUGAACAUAGAAAAGAACCCUGGGAUUUACCUUCAUUAUCAAACCCGUUUGUACUGAAAAUUGUGUAUUUUCUCUCCUCUCUCAAGUACAAUGAGACAUUGGACGGCCUUUAUAGAAUCCACAAUGGGAAAAAUGACACAAGCAAGACGGCACUCAUCGAGGCUUAUAAAAACAAAACGUAAUGUAUAUCUGAAAAAUGUGCAUAGAUUUUUUUUCAAUGCUUUGUAAAAGAUCCAGUAAUCAUGUACUGUGGAUCCUUUCUCACGUUGCUGUUGCAAACAUCCGUGUCUCUGCAUGCUUUUGCAGCCACCUGUUAGAAAAUUCAGGAUAGAAUAAAGGACUUUCUCACACAGCACAUGGUUGAAAUAUGGAAUUUCCUCCCCAGGAGGCAGUGAUGGCCACCAAUUUGGGUGGCUUUGAAAGAGGAUUGGACAUUGGGGGUAAAGCUAUGUCCUGCCUUGACCGUUGGAGGCCGGAUGCUUCUGAGUGGCCCUUGCAGGGAGGGUGCUGUUGUGCCCAAGUCCUUCUUUCAGGCUUCCCAUGGGCACCUGGUUGGGAAAACAGGAUGCUGACCUUGGGCCAGAUCCAGCAGGUUCUUCUCAGAUUGUUAUUUCGGUGCAGAAAGAUUGAACAUAGGAGAUUGCUAGGCUUGAAACUACUCUAUUGCAGAGAUGUGUUUGACAACACUUGUUCGGGCUAAAUAUAUUCUGUUGGCUUUAUGAGCAGAUACAGGGCCAAGAUGAUUGUCAUUGGGUCCAUAUGCCUCCCUGCCUUGAAGCUAUGGAGGAGAAUAAAACUUGCUACCACCAAGGUUCUGGUGCAAAAAUUAACUUUAAGGGGAUCACUUCUUCUCAGCAUAGGCUACCUCACAAGAUGGUUUUAAAUAUAAAAUCAAAUGUCCUAUGUACACGUUCCUGAGUUCUUUCUUUGGAGGGAGGGAUACAGAUGAGAUUUUAAUUUUAAAAUCUCUGCACUGGUUUGGGCAGUUCUGUUUUGUUAAAUGUUUCACUUAGGCUGGUUUCACAGUUCUUGAAAGAGCAAGUAGUGUAGAGGGCAAUGGGGAAAUAAUCGCCUUGAAGUGGCUUCCCUCACUAACAAGUAAGAUGUAAACACAGCCUCCAAAUGCUAAGGCUCUGGCAGUGAGGAUGCAUAUGUGCCUUCUUGCGAGUAGGCCAUAGAAUCCUAGAACUGUAGAGUUGGAAGGGACCAAGGGGGCCAUCAGGUCCAACCCCCUGCAAUAAUAAAUUAUAUUAUAUAUAUUUAAGGAAGCUUUUAAUGUUUAAUAGACUAUUGUAUUUUAAUAUUCUGUUGGAAGCCACCCAGAGUGGCUGGGAAAACCCAGUGAGAUGGGCGAGGUAUAAAUAAUAAAUUAUAUAAGAUAUAUUAUUUUAUGUGCAGAAAUCUUUUGUCCAAUGUGGGGCUCGAACCCACAACCCUGAGAUUAAGCAUCUCAUGCUCUACUGACUGAGCUCUCCAACAUGCACGACUCCUUUCCAUUUAGCUGUGCCUAAAGCAUGACAUGGGUUGUCCAUGCUUGACAUGGCUGACACCUGCCAGUGUAAGCCAGGCUUGUGAAUCCUGUAGCAGCCCUAGACUCUGGGUUAGGAAACUGCAUAAUUGAAUCCGGCCUUGGAUUGCGUCAGAGAAUCCUUCUAGAAAGAAGGCACUGUGGCAUGAAUCUGACUCCUAUAUUAAUAUAGAAAAAUGUAUAGCAAAAUGGAUCUUUCUUUGAAGUUCUGUCACCUGACCUGCAUCAUCCCCCUUUUUUUCUUUUAAAGCACCCUUUCAUACUGGGCCGGAGGUUGUGCUAUGAUCAAUGGCACAGGUAAGUAAGUGUGGGUAGGUGUAAGCUACUGAUAUUUAGGACCAAUUUCUUACUAAAAAUCUUGAGCCAGAGGGAUAAGAGCUCAAGUCUUCUGCAUUGUCAGUACACUUAAUGGUUCUUCAAUAUGGAUCUGUCUCAGGUUGCCACCAAGCACAUUCCUACAUGUCAUGCACCUUGCAAAGACAGACUCUGUCCUGCAAAUGCAUUGUCAUAUCCAUGGGGUUAUUUGUGGGCUGCCCUGCGGAUCUCUGUAGAUAGAAGGUGGAGCAGCAGAUCUGCCUGUUCCCACAGUUCUGUGCAUGACAAACUGAUGCUCCACACCCUGAAGAGGUUUGCUUGAAAAUAAGGCCAUGGGCGGGGGGGGGGGGACGGACACAGGAGCGCUCUUCUCCAACUUUGGAUUUAGGGGCACAAAAAAUAGUGCUGGUAGGGCCUUCCCCUGGUGAUCAAUUCAAGCGCAUUGAUGAGCACAGAAGGGUUUUUUUAAUUUGUCAAUUUGUAUUCUGCACUGCUGUUUGCAUUGUGUUUUUGGUGGAAUCCACACACACAUAAAAAAUGCUGCAGAGAUCCUUUAUUUUAAGACUUUUAAAAAUACAUUGAAUCUUCCACAGCUCACUGUCGCCUUCUAGUGUCACAUUUGUAUAUUGUACAUUACAACACCUUUAAAAUGUUUAGCUGAGUGUAGCUGUGUAGCUGAGUCCCUAAUGUGCUGUGGCCUGCCCUGAGACUCACUGGUGCAGGGCAAGUAGGAAAAAUAUAACAAAUAAUAUUAAGUAGUACACAAGGUCUGGGGUGAAAGCUUUGAAAGGUCUUCCUGGGCAGAAGCCACUCUGCCAAGAGAAUCAUUACUUUGCUUGAGCUUGUCUCUUCCUCCCUGUUUUGGCUGCUGCUGUUCUCCUAUUACGUGCAGAAAUGCACUGUGAACACGGGAGAUUGGUGACGUUUUAUACCUUAGAUGCCCGGUGAUGCCUCUUAUCCCACAUGCCUCACCUCUAGGAUGUCUUCUUGGUGGGGGAGAGGGAUAGAGAAAAAUGGAGCAACAAGACAACUAAGCUAAAAGCGGACAAGUGCCAAUAAACAAACUUUUUGAGAUUUUAUUGCAGCACCAUCUCUUGGGAGCUCCUGUGUGCUGUGUUUGUCCUUCAGCCAGAUGCACUGGCUGUGCGUUCCCUGCAGGCCAUGGAAGCCUGUGGGAAUUGAAGGAGUGUGUGUUUGUUAUUAGUCAAUGGAGACAGUGCUCCUUAUGCCAUGGGGCUGGCAGCCAUAGCUCUGCUGUGAAAUCACAGAGAAUAUUCAGAUUUAGAUGUGGUCAAAAAAGCUGGUGCUACCUCUGCAGCUCAUUUAUUUCAACAAUCACAAACAGGAACACUUCUUACCCUUGGAAUUGGUUCAGAGUACUUCUGACCUAGAGAAUGGUAAUUGUUCUUACUGUUGGCACCAAUUAUGAGUUGUUAAUGCUCCAGUCAAACAAGUACCCACAAGUCUAGUUCAAUGAAGUAGUAAAGUCCCAUUCACUUAUAGGAAUGAGUCAUCUAGGAAUGCUUAUGAAAUUUCUACUUGGCUGAACUCCACCUAUUUGGGGUUUCUAAAUUACCCAGCCUUAGUUCUUGGAUUGGCACCAAUAAAUUAACCUAGCAUUAUCAGGUGACAUAAGUUUUCUUAUUCUACUGUAGAUUGUUUUCCUGUAGGUGCAUGUUGGGUCAUGAUAGCCUUUCCUCCAAUUUUGUCGGUGUACAUUUGAUUUCCCUCCUCUAUUUUCAAGCCACUAAAUAGCAUGACUGAAAACGUUUGCAGAUAUGAGCAAUUGCUGUCGCUCUCCCUAUAUCCUACAAUAAGGGUGGCUUUGGGUGGUAAGAAGGUAGCACAGUCCCUUCUGUCAUUCUGCAUGGUGUUACCAUUUGAAAUUGGUAGUUGUGCUCAGUGAAUGAUUUCCAAGCACUCUUUACUUGCUUUUCUUAAACACACACCAGGAGGUUGCGAGUUCUCUUACCACAGGUCUUUUUAGUUCCUAUCCUGUGACUAUUUAAGUGCAGGCCUAGGCCCCACACUUUCCCCUCAAAUAAAAUGCCAGUAAAAGACACAAGAGUUGAAGUCAGGCCACAAUUGUAUUGACUACAGAUGAAGAGGCUUGGGAUAGGCAAUGGGUAACCAUUUAUUUCUGACCCACCUGCCAGAAAUGACAUCAGGGUCAACCCAAUAGUGGGAAUUCCUAUGACUUACAUCAAACAGAGGGAUCCCCACAAGGAUCGCUGCUGAGGCCCAAAGACCCUGUCAGGGCAUAUGGACAGAAGCAACUCCUUUAAUGGGAUCCCUUUAAUGGGAUACCCUAUUUUUUUGGGGGGGGGAGCGAGGGUACAACCCCUCCUCCAACCAGGACUAAGGUUACCCAGUGCCUAAACCGCCAAAGUUGUGAUGAUUGCUAUGAGGUAGGCAAAACCUCCAGGCCAUAGCCAAUUUGCCUGAUAGACAAAUUCCUACCUGGCCCCGCUAAUAUGGCGACCGCAGCACCCAUAGCAAGGCCAAUUCAUUAAGUGAAAUAUGAAAUUAAUGGAGUGGGUGGGUGGGUUAAUCUGACGUAGAAGAGCUGGGUGUCGGGGGCUGUUUAAAUCCCCUGGGAGAGGACCCGAGGGAAGUCUGAUUGUUCCUUCAGGCCCUCAGGAGUUGCAGACCAAAGCUUGAUAUUUUUAAACAGCUGGUGAGAAAAACAGUGACAACAUACCUCUGCACUCCUUUCACCAUUUUGUCAUUUGGAGUUUUGAACAAUAGCUCAGUGCCAUACGCAAGAGCAGGCUGGUCAGCAUUUUGAGAGUAAGCACUGCAGUUUUGCUGGGAUGUGUGCUCAUAUUUAAACAAGAGGUAGAUGUGGUAACCUUCAGGUGUUGUGGAUCACAACCUCCAUCAUCCCCAGCCAGCAUGGCCAAUAGCCAGAGAUGAUGGGAGUUGUGGUCCACAAUAUCUGGAGAGCACAAACUCAUUUAAAUUAUUAAAAAGAUCCUACCUAUGUGGACAGAAUGUAUCUCGCCUACUUUUUAUGAUCCAUGUCUCCAGUCAUUGGAUGUCUCCCCUCCUGCCCCCCCCCCCAAGGCAGUGAAGUAGAAAAAUAAGAAAAUAUCUGUCACCCCUAAUCAUUACAAUAACAUGCGAACUGGUCUGUUCAUUAUCCUGUUUCCCUGAUAUCUGGGAUAGCUGAGAGGUGGAAUCAGCCUCACUUGCUAGUCAACAAGAUGUGGGUUGUGUUUUUUUAAAUCCAAGGAAUGAUUUCUUCUUUGCCAUGGACUCUGUGUAACCUUAGAUGACUUUCUGUAUCUUGGCUUCAGGUCAACCAAUGGGUGGUUUCCAAAUUAACUCAGACAAUAUUUUUAAAAGUACCAUUAAAAAGCUUCAGAUCUUGCACUCUAAUGUUAAAAGCCUUGGGAAGAUUUCAGAUGUAUGUUUUUCUUGCCUUCCUCUGAAACAUCUGUCUGCAGUGUCUCUUAAUCCAGUUGCGAAAAUUGGCCAGAUGAGAUAGAUGAACACAAGUGAACUGGCAGCUGAGUUUUGCACUUACAUGUGUGUUGUGCAAACCUGAGCGCAAGCUGGGAAUUUAUAUGAUAUUUCUCAUUUUAUUUGCAGAUGGGGCUUCCUUUCCCCCUUUUGUCCAAAAGACUGCAAGACUUGACUUAUUUUCUUCUGAUAUUUGCAGGUAAAGAGCAUCAUAAAGUCCUUUUCUAUACUUGAGUUAGGAAGGAUAUAAUGAUUAAAAGUUUGUUUUUGUUUUUUAUAUAAAAAAAAAUCUGGCUUAUAGUCAGCUUGGGGUAACACUGAAGAGAACCGACAUUGAUCUGGCAAAGCUUCUGCAUUGUUUGGGCCAAAUUUGGGCAUCAUAUGAGAGAUCAAUGACCAAAUUCUUCCACAUUUUUUUAAGUUAAAGGCAGGCACAGAAGGCCCCAAAUCACACAACUACAGUGCUAUUUGCCAAUAGAAACCGUCCCCCAAAGUUACUAUUUAGCCAUAUGGAAAACUAGUGUGUUAACUCCUCUGGUGCCAUUCUUUUCACCAGUUAUUUUUUAUGGCAGCCCAUCAAAUUUUUGGUCCCACUGUAUCAAAAACUGCUGUGAGGUAGUACUACUGAAGCAAUAUUUCUUCAGGCCUUCCCAGGAGGAAAAUCAUCCAUAAGGGUUGCAAAUUUAAAUUAGCUCUUCAAAUGUGUUCAGGCUUGUUUUGGUCACCUCAUGCGUUUGGAGAGGUGUUGGAAACACAUUGAAAGUAAUGGGCACAGCUUGAAAAUAAUGGGCAGGUUGAAAUCUCUGGCUCGUAUUUUAAUUUUGCAGAUAGCCACCAAAUGUAUGGUAAGUAUAUGGAUAGCAAAUUAGGAUAAUAGAAAUUAUGAAAUUACAGGUGCCUGUAUGUUUGCUCCUAAAUUAAGACGCUACCUUCCUGUCCCACUUCAUAUCCAGAUCCAUCUACAGCAACUUUGACAGUGAACAGACUGUGAAGGACAUCCCACUCUAUCGCUUCAUUGUCCCUCCAGGUGCUUUUGCAUCUCCUCUUGUCAAUCCUGACAACAUCUGCUUCUGCACAGAGAAAGAGAUAUCCCAGAAUUGCACAUUAGCUGGGGCACUGGACAUCAGUUCUUGCAAACAAGGUAUCUGCCUGCAAUUUGAGAUGAGCAAGCUACUGGAGUGGUUAAUAUAAAGAUUUGGAGGUCUGGACAAUAUGAACUUGGGAAGUGGUCCUGCCAUAGGCUGUGCCCUCUGUUGUCCAACUAACAGCUCUUUGGUGAGAAUGGAGGCACCAGGGGCAAGGCUCUGUAUUGGGUCCAAAUUAUGUUACUUGCACUGAGUUCUCACUGAUUUCACUGGAGCUUAAGUCAUGUCUUAAGUUGUCCCAUUAGAUUCAAAAGGAAACCAACAGCCCUUUCUCUAUAGCCAUACUGCUAAAAUGGAGUUGAUCUGUUAAGAGUAAAUCUAUUAAGGGCUGCAUCUGAACUCACUUGCGAGGGCACGUUGUGAUUGAGGCUUUAUAAUGUAAAGCUGAGUAAAAUUCAACAAUGGGGUAAAUUGAAAAAAGAACUGAAAUACUUGUGAGAGUUUUGUUUUUAUCAUUUAAAGUGCAACAGAUUUCAUUCACUGUACACAAACUUUUAAUACUUAAAAUGUACACACAUUCAUACAUCUACAUAUAGGUGUGUGCAUGUGUACACGGAGCAGAAUUCCACAUUGUAAAAGUUUUGCUUGCAUAUAUAACAACCUGUACAACAUUACUCAUAAGAAUUGCAGGUGUGCCUGGACUCCCACUGGAGAAAAGGUGAGAUGAAAAUAAUUUGCAAAGUCUUUCUUUUUUUUUUUUUGAUGUUAAGCCAUGUUAGCAUCAUGAGCUAUACUGGCACUACACAUUCAAAACUUAUAUCUGAUCGUGUGGUGGGGGCAAAACAGACCUGAAUUGUGGUUGAAUAUCAAAGGUUUAUCAUCUGUGGUUGCAUCAUGUUUUUUUACAGUAUAAAUUAAUGUACAUCUAAAUUGUCACUCUUGCACAAUGCAACGUCUUGUGCAAUUUAAGUAGAGAUGUCAUUAUACUUGCCACAAUGCGUACUGUGAGUCCAAAAUCCUUUUCCAACUCAGUUUUUAAAAAUGAGAAUAACUCAAGGACUUCUGCCUUUUCUUUCCUCACCACCUGCAUACCUUUCAGCCCCCUCCACCUCUUACCCAAUUAACCUGACCACUGUUGGCACUCUGGCAGCUGCAAGCAUGAAGAAAAUGGCCUUCAGUUCCAUUCUGAGCCCCUGGCAUGCUGCUGCAUAGGGUCUGUUUGGCUGGCGGCCCCUGGAACAGAUGUAGUUUUCCCCAUAUAGGCUGAGUAGCAUGGUUUUUAGCAUGCUAGGCGCUAGAAAGAGAAGGGCUUACUGCCGUGGGAUUGUACUGAUGUUUUUUCUCCUCUUCCUCCGCAGGAAAACCUGUAUAUGUCACACUCCCCCACUUCCUCUAUGCAAGUGAAGAAAUUGCUCAAGGCGUUGAAGGCUUGCACCCAAAUCCACCUGAGCAUAUGACCUUUUUGGAUGUAGAGCCAGUAAGUGAUCACACUGUACCCUUUCGCUCUCUCCCCCUACCUAAGUGCCUCAGUUCUGUCAUUUAGAAAAACUAGGAUUUGGCUUGCAGUAGAGCUCAGAUUGAUAUCCUUUACAUGCAUAACUUAAACAUAACUUAAAUGUAGCCCCACAAAGGGGGUGAGGUGGGAUCUCAGCAUCUUUUGUCUUGUCACACAGGAUUUUGGCACCAGCGCUCUAGUGCAGUAGCAGCCUGUAACUUAUGGAUACUGCAUGUGAUCUUGGGAUUAACUUUUGGGGUUCGUGAAAGAGUGGCCAGAGUGUUUGCCUCAGGAAAAGCUCCCUGAGGGACCUGUUGUUGCCAGAUGUUUCUGAAGCUGGGCAGGGCCUAGUUUGCUUCAGCCAUGUGAGACAAGGGAGAAUUAUUCUCCACUCUUGGCAGAGGUCUCCCCUGCCUCCCCUGCCCCAUUUCUUGAUAUCAAAGAACAUAGGAACCUACUUUAGACCAAGUGAGACAUCUAGCUCAGUCCUGACUACGCCGCCUGUGUGCAGCUCUCCGUGGUUUCAGGUGCGGAAUAUUUCAAGCCCUAACUGGCAGUGCCAGAGAUUGGACCUGCACACAAAGUCCUUCCCAUAUUGAACAAAAGCCUGAUACAAAUCUUAAAGGGAAAUGUCUUAAAAUUGGCUGCCAUCACUUUAGGGCCGAAUUUUGCACUGUGGGCUCAUGCACACCUCCUCUUGUGUGGGGCGGGAAAGCCCAUGUCCUGCAAGCUGGACCAGGCAUGGCAGCCCUCCUCCCUGUCACAGCACUUCCAGGCCAGCAAUGCAGAUGGGAUGGGGGGGUUCACUGCCUGUGUUGCCCCACCCAGCACCGCACAGGGGCAUGGGGGGGGCAAGUGAGUGCAGGUUUGGGAGCAUUUAGCCCUGGGAGGUUUGAAUAUAACCCUCAGGUCAAACAAGGACCUAGCUACUUUGAUGUAACUCAUGUGGAAUCAUGAUAAAUGGCCUCUGUUCAAGGUGUUGCAGCUAGGACUUCACUCUUCCCAAAAGAAAAAGUGGACUGAAACACAGCCCUCCUUCAAAAUUCUUCAUAGCUCUUCUCCAGGUUUUUGCAAUGUAGUUCUCUUGCCAAGUAUUGUCUACAGAAAUGCAUAUACGACAAUUAAGUCUACAUAUCAAUGCAUAUAUUGCCAAAAGCAUCUUAAGGACGCAUUAUAGUUGGGGAAAUUGCAUGCAAACAUGUAUAUUAGGAGAAAUUUGCACAUAAAUGCUGACAAACAUUCAUGAGAGUUUCAAAAUGCUGUGGAAAUGUGAAAAACCAGAACUAAGACUGGAAAAAUGAGCAACUAGGGAAAUCUGAAAUUGCAGUGGUGCUGUGAUUGCCAAUGUCUAGUUGCAGCUAAAGAUAAAUCAUGUAACUUUGGCCAUUUCCUGUUCAGCUACUCUUAUAAUAGGAAAUGCUCUAAUUUUGGAUCCAAAUAAAAACAUGUUACUGUAUUUUAAUGCUGCUAAUUACUAGUGCCCCCCCCCGCCCCCUCAGCAUCAAUUGUUCAUGGCACUUCAUAUUUAUUUGUGUUGUGUUUUUUAGACCACAGGGUUUACACUGCAGUUUGCCAAAAGACUGCAAAUCAAUUUGUUGGUGAGGCCUACUACAAAAAUUACGUAAGUUGCUGUUUUAAUUGAAUUAAAAAGUAGUGCAUGUGCUUCUCUGUAAAUUCUCAGUGUUGGGUUUGUAAGUCCCUCUGCAUACUUGAACCUGAUCAUUUCCAGGGGUGGACACUUUGUUCCUCAACAUGUUAUGGAUACAGUAGAAAUUACCACUCAGUGUAUGUCUGGACAGUUAAUUCCAAUUUGUAGCAUGACAUAACUGGACCCAACUCUAUCCCAGGUCCCCUGCAAUCUAAGGUAGAGUUUAGAUGACAAGGAAAAAGACAGAGGUUUCCUGGUACUUCACUCCUUUCUGAAGAAUACACAGUAUUCAAGUCAAUAUUAUUGGCUUGAAUAGGAAUGGAGAGAAAUCAGAUACAGUUUCCAGUUAAAGCCAGACUUGCUGAAGUUGCACUUUCUGAAGCAAUACACAAACCAAAGCACGUCCAUCCUGUGAUGGCAGCAGGGGCUGAUGGGAGUUGGAGUCCAGCAACAUCUGUAGGGUACCCAAUUGGCUCCUGCUGCUUUAGAUUUUCUACUGAAGAUGAAACUUCAGAAAUAACUUCUAUUCCUGCUUAAUGCAACAUUGUUUUGAGGAAAACAAAAGGAAAAGCAUCACAUGUGCUCUGGACAUCUGUAGCUUCCCACCAGACAUGCUGAAGUGAAAUUUUGGGAGAAUCUUUUUUUUUUAGGUUUUAACUUGGUGAGAAAUGUGAGGAAAUUUGUGACAAGUCAUAUAGUUCUUUUCUUCCAUGCUGCCUUGAAGAAUAUUCAGGUCUAUCCUUAGGACAGCACACAAUAGUGACAAUAUUGUCUAAAAUGCAAUAGGAAAUACAGAUCAUUCUCUUUAGGGCUGGUUCAUACUGGGCUGGUUCCAAUGAUCAUAGCCAUAUAUGUAUGCAAAUAAUUUAAUAAUUUGGUUUAUUAGAGAGAUGAAUGAGUCUUUUGCCUGGUCACAGGACCUUUGCUCCUCCCUUCGCAACACAAUCAAUCAAACCAAGAAACCUCUGGAACCUUAGUCUCCUCUUCUGUCCAAAGCAGGGAACUAUGGUUACCAGCCUCAGACACUAAGGUUAGAGUUUUUAUGGUUUGAUGGCUCACACUGUGAAAAGGGUAUGUGUGUGGGCUUUUAAUUAUUAUUAAAGACUGCUUCAUAAGAUGUGAUCAUCUGAACAUAUCAGGAUGCAUGUAGUUCUUUUUAGGUUUAUUCCUGUUGAACAUGCAAAAACUGCUGCAUAAAUGCUAUUCUGACUUACGGAUCUUUGCCCAAUUUUUUCAUUCUAAUUAUAUUUUCAUAUGUUUUAUUGCAGCGCCCUAAAACAGGUCAAGUUGCCAUUUCUCUUUCCUAUUUUGUGGCUGAAUGAGGUAAAUUCUGUUUGUUGUUCUUCUCUGUUGCUCUUCAUUAGUUAUAUAAGUACUGUUGUAACUCGCUAUUCCUACCCCUUUAAAAAUGUUGGCCAAGACUUCCUUUCUAUCACAAUUUAAUCUAUAUACUAUGCUUGUCCUACUUCUUUAGUGUUGACGAGUUCCAUGGGUGCAACAGUGGUGGAAUUUAGUUUUUAAUAUUUGAGGUUAUUUGCAGCUGAGGCACUGGCAACAGCAAAUCCACCUGCUCCCCAUCAGAUCUCCAGAGGAGCAGCAGCUGCUCCCAAGGACACUCUCCUGUGUGUCUCUCUGAGGCCUCACUCAGAGUAAAGCUUCUUCCCAAAAUUCUUUCUACUGUGUUUUCUGCUUAGACUUGCUUGCAAUGUGGCUGGAUAUAUGGAGAAAUAAGUCUGAGUCAUUAUCUUCAAGUGUCGCCUUGGGCCACUUUUCUGUUGCUUCCCAAAUGGAAGAUGUGCCUUGCAAACUUCACUGCAUGAGAAAUGCCUAAAGCAGGCAUGGCCAUAGCUAACAAGACCAGUGGUCAGGGAUGAUGGGAAUUGUUGCCCCCAAAUAUCUGGAGGGCCAAGUUUGGCCAUGCCUGGCCUGAAGUCAUCCUGGCUCCAUUAACACUCUCCAAUCCAGCCUGCCGUAUCCCAACACCAUUGGGUGAACUGAAGUGGCACAAUCUUGGAUGGUGUCCCUUCCCUUCAGGGGCUCAUCUUUUUUGAAUGCUUUGUGUUGUAAACCAGCUACCCUAUUAGAGUUGUUUACCACAGCCUUCUCCUCUGUGUUUGGCUACCCCAGCUGUCUUGCCUGCUUGCCUGCCUGCCUGUCUUAUCUAUCUGGUCCCCUUCAGAAAUUGCUGAAUUACAUGAUCCUUAAUCCUUGGCCAUACAGGCUGGAAGUCCCAAAAGUGCCUGAAGGCCAACGCUGCUGUAGAGCACCUGGGUUCCCAGGGUGUGGCCUUGAGACCAUCACUUUGUUGACUAAGCAGGUGUGAGUCUGGGUCAUUGCCCAGAUGGGAGGCCUCCUGGAAACCACAUUCCCAAAGGAAUGACUUCAAUCAAGAAGAUAGAAGACAUUUAUCUUGCACUGCACUAUGUGCAGCAUGUGUUGGUAAAACAUUUUGAGCAAUGUAUGCAUAACCACUUAAGUCCCUGACUCUCUUCUUGCACGCACUCCUGGGUGGGGAAUCUGCAACGCAUGAGUCUGUAUAGGCCCACUGAGCCUCCCCAGUUGUCCUUCAAUGCUGUAUUCACUGAGCCAAACCCACCUGCCCAUCAUGAUGCCGGGUGUGGGGCAGGUAAAAACCUGAUGGCCACGAGCAGGUUUGCAGGCCUUAGGUAGCACUUUGAAAGGGGCUUCUGAAGAUGUGACAAUCAGCUGGUUGUUGUUCCACCUCCUUCUUUCACCAUUCCAUUCCAUUUAUUAUUAUUUUUAUGCAAUGGAACUGGGUGUAAUCAGGGAUGUAAGCAGGUUCCUUUUCAUAGAUCCAAGAUGGAAAUAACUUGACAUUGCAGUUUCCACAUGUGGGGAGGAAACUGCUUGUGGACUUCUGUGUGGAAUAAUGUUGCUCUUGGUCUCCCUCUUCUUCCUCCAGACGGCCAUUAUUGAUGAUAAGAAAGCUGAGUUUUUCCGAGAGAAAGUGACCAAUAAGAUCAAGCUUCUGCAUCUGUUGGAAGCUGUGCUCAUCAUUGCCGGCAGCGUGAUGUUCCUUGGAUUCCUCGUCUCGUUCUUAGUAUGCCGAGCGCAGAAAUCAAAAUAAGUAAGGAAACAGGACUCUGGCAGGAUUUCCUUUGAUGAUUAUUUCUGAGAUUCUUUGGCUGAAAUAAUUCCAGCAAUUGAGCACCCACAGUUCUGUGUAUAUGAGACCAUUUUGCACAUGUCGAAGGCAAGGCUUGGAAAAAGAUGUAUUGAUUUUUAUCAAGCAAAUCUAUACCUUGGGUGAACAUUAAAUGUGCUGCUACUCUGAUUCCAGACACCGGUUGGUAUAUCCAAUGAAACUGUACUGUCAAUAGCAGAUAGCUUUUUAGAAGGGUUGUACAUAGAUGGUGCUCAGAAAUGAAACUUCCAGUGGCCUCUUGGGCUCCCAAUAUCCUUAUGCAGUGGCUUAAGGCUUAGUGUGUGUCUUCACACAAUCCUCUUAAAUUUCAGCUUUAAAUAAGCAUACAUUUAAAAACAUAAUGCAAGAAAUACAUUUUUUACCCAUGAAUCCAAAUUUGCUGCAGUUUUCCAGUGAGUUUACAUUAAUGGGAAGCUGGAAAACUGAAGCAAAUUCGGAUUUGCUGGUAAAAAUCACAAGUUUUGCCUCCAGAUGGUUGCUUCCAAACCUACCCCUCUCUUGCCCUCACCACUCCCUUCGGGAAAUCCAUAUAGACCAGCCUUGGUCCCUAGGAGUUGUUGGACUACAACUUCUAUCAUUCAUAGCCAGAAUGGCCAGUGAUGAUGGGAGUUGUAGUCAACAACAUCUGGGGACCCAAGGUUGAGAAAGGCAUUAAUAUAGAUAGUAGUAGUUGGUCCUGGAGCACUGCUUUCCUGACCUCCCAUCCACUGGGCUUGAGGCAGCAGUGAGCUUGGCAUGGCGGAAGUGCACCAGUGGGAGCACCAGAUCCACGACUGCAUUUGCACUGUGCCAGCCUUGCCACUCCCCCUCCUGGUAAGCCACAGCAAUGACAGUGAUGGGAAGUCGGGCAAGCAGUGUUGCCCCAUCAACCACUACCAACAGCCACUGACUCCAGCUCCUGAGAUAUGUGGGGCGGACCAUCUCCAGCGCUCCAGGCUUUGGCCUAUAAGAAGUGUUGACAUUCAUAGUUCUGUCGCUGAAUUUUCACAUCAUGCUAAGUCAUGGUUUACUGUUAAUACGCAGAUCACUUCUGCUAUGCUUCCCCCUAGCAGAUAGUGGAAGCAAACCCACCCCCACCCCUUGGCUUAGUGUUACAUCUGACCUGGGGACUGGGGUGCCAAAUGACCCAUGCAUGGCAAGCCAAGAACAAAUAUUGGCUUCAGAUCACAAUUCCCAAUUCAGAUGUAAUGCUUAGUCAAGAAUUGUUGUCUUCGCUCUCGCUUUUUAUCGGGGAAGAGUGAUGUGGGAGAGAUCUGCAUAUUCAUAGGAAAACAUUUACUAUGACGCAAAAAUCCAGCCAUUGUCCUCUCCCCAAAAGUCAGAAACAUACUUAACAGAGUUUGCCUAUGGUAUGAAGGCCCUGUGCAAUACAAGUUUCAAAAAAUUACAGAAAGGUUACUCCUUUCCCCAAGGAAUGUUGCUUUUCACAUUAAGUGGGUUUCUAUCUUUAGCUCAAUUAAUACAAUGCAAAGGAUGCUAUCUGAUGCUUCUGAUAAACGAUCAAAAGGCCUUUAUGGUUCUAUUAUAGAACCACAACCUCUGCUGUGAUAUGUCUGCUAAAGCCUUCCAUGAGAAAUUGAUCCAGAUACCCUGGAUCUGCUGAACUAACUUGGGGUGAUUUCUGUUCUCAGGUAUCAAGCUACUUCAGGUAUCAAGCUACUGCAGAUGUAG